UAUCAAAACCAAAACCUUCGUUUUACAGUAAACUAUAGGUUGAUUGAAUUUAAACUGUGGAAAAACAUGCCAGUCCUUACACAAGAGUUCCUUAACAGCUUGCUAAAUCCACGACAGCUGACUAACUGCUCCCCAAGAAGCACGCCCGAUUUACGAACUCUGGACGACCAAGAUAAAAGGGGGACAUUUCUGGUCCCCACUAUUUCCUUGACGAGGGAUAAGGACAAUGAACCGUCUGACACCUUAGAUCAACAAUCUCCUAUGCCGAAAGGGAGUCUGCCUCAGGCCAAUAAUAUAUGUAAAGGUAUGAAUAGGUCCCAGUCCUUACGGAACCGCAAGAGGCCUGAAUCGGCUGUUUCGUCGAGUAGUUUCCGGCAGAGGAUCGCUAGCACUUCCGGAAAAUGUAUCUUGUUUCCUAACAGUUUAACCCCCUUCCGGUCAUCGUCCAAUCAUUCACUUCAAUUGGCAGGCGAUGAAGAUGACUUCCAGCGACUCCGAAAUUUCUCGGUGACUUCUAAGGGGAUUGUCAAUCGAGGGGACUCUUUUCGUUCCAGGUCUCGCAGCAUGCAUAGUGUCUCGUCCUUAGGGUCAGAGUAUUUUAUCGCUAUAACUCCUCCCAGAUCCCCCAGUAUUCAAUUCCCUCCUCAAGAACCUUCAGAAAUCCCCCCUGUAGUCGUCACAGAUACGGAAAGAUUCAGGGUGUUAGUCGUGGGGGCAUCAGAAGUUGGAAAGUCGUCUCUAACAACCCAGUUUACAACCUCCGAGUACAUCUGUGCUUAUGAUAUUUCUCAUGAAAGUGAGAACGAAAAAUCGGUGACUGUUGUAUUAAAUGAAGAGGAAUCGGAGUUAGUUUUUGUGGAAUAUGCUUCAGACAAAUUUUUGGACCAAAUGAAGGAUCUUCCGAGCUCAGCUAUUAGCUUCGACGCCUACAUGGUAGUAUAUUCUGUCACAGAUAAGAGAAGUUUCCGGAAAAGCAAGGAAAUCAUUAAUCAUCUUGUGUCUUCGGAAACCUCCAAUAGUAACAAAGCUGCAAUCUUAGUUGGAAACAAGAUAGACCUGGCAAGAAUACGGAAAGUUACUAGGAAAGAGGGACAAGCCAUAGCAACAGCACAUAACUGGAAAUUCAUUGAGACGUCAACAGGAAUAAACCAUCAAGUGGAUGAACUCUUGGUGGGAAUCCUCAGCCAGAUCCGACUGAAAUGGCAGUAUCAGAAGAAACUAAAGAAACAGCAAGAAUUGGUAACACUAACAGUUCCACGAAUGUUCUCGUUCUGCUCCAGUUCCAAGACCAAAGUUUGUAUACGAAAUAUUAUAGAGAAAGCUGUACUGAAGACAAGAUCCUGUAACAACCUGCACGUUUUGUAAAGGAUUUUGUGAACUAUUCUAAUGAGGAACAAAACUCUGGAGUAACAGUGAAACCAAACGAAUCUACCACCUAUGACAGCGAGAAACCCGCAAACAAAAAUGGCGCAAAACUAACUAGGGAUAGGUUUACUUAAUCACUAAAACGACUCUUGUUCAGAAGAAACCUUAUAUGACACCAUUCUUCACCAUGUAAUGUUGGUUCUAAUGAAAGGCAAUAAUGGCCAAGGUGUUCAUCAGAAGGCAACAACAACACCUUAUAAUAAGGAUGUGCUUUACAAUAGUUGUGUAAAUAAACAUGCACGUAUUACAAAGAUUAAAACGAUAAGUAUGA